CUGGUCUGGUCCUCCCCGCGCUUGCCUCACCUCACCACCCCUUCUCUCCUCUCCUCUCCUCCUCGCCGGGACUGUCAUGCCGCUCGCCGUCCCCGGCGACGACCAUCGCAGACGCUCGUCGUCCCUCUCCUCCGUCGCCCGAAUGCUCUCCCACUACCCCCCGUCCCAUCCCCCGCCCUCCGCCGCCAACGGCCUGCGCCCCGGAGCAUCUCAUCCCUACAGAGGAUACACCCUGAUGGUCGCCGGCCAACGCUCCGGAAAGACGUCCUUCCUCCGUCUCCUCCUCGACACCAGCGACAUCUCCACAACAGCCACAAAGGAUCAGCUUGUCUCCGUCGCAAAGUUCGUCCAGGGAUGCAGCGGACACACCGCCCACGUCCGCUCCGUCAACGUCAACAUCGACUUCGACCCCGGAAAUAACACUACCAGUAGUAGUAACAGCAACCCGCAGGUGCUCGCACUCACCCUCAUCGACACCCCCUCUCUCGACUUCUCCGACGACCACUCCGUCGAGCGCACAAUCCAGGACAUCCUCAGACAGGUCGACGCCCGCUUCGCCGAAGGCAUCGACGACGAGUGGAAGGCCCAGACCGGUGACCAUCACAUCCAUUUGUGCAUCUACUUUCUGGAUCCCGACGUGAUCAUCCCCCCUCCCUCCUGUGUGCCAGGGCCUCCCGCCCCCCUUCUCUCCCGCGCUCGCACAAACAGCUUCUCACACACCGACUCCGAACCCGUCAUCCUGGAACCACCCGUCACUACAAACCCCCUCCUGUGUCGUCCCACCCUUCCCUCCGCGGAAAUAAACACUAUCAGGAGGUUGUCUGCCAGAGUCAACGUGCUCCCCGUCAUAGCACGCGCGGACACGUUGACCAACGACCGUCUCCUUGCCGUCAAGACCGCCAUACGCCGAGAUCUCGCAGAAGCCGGCAUCGGUUUUGGAAUCUUCGAUAUGGACAUGCACCCGCAGUAUCAGCACCGUAAAGACGUGGCCGAGUCUGGACACCCUGUCAAAAGUGAAAUCCCAAAUGGCUAUCCCUCCCGGACUAAUAGAUCUUCUCCCGCUCAUCCGUCCCCCCCUAUUUCUCCUACCGCCCCCUCAUACUUACGCUUGCCUUAUGCUCUCAUUUCCCCUGAAUGCUAUUCUCACAGCGAUGGCGUCGCAAGGGUAUCCCCCCCUCGCCACGAACUCGUUCAGCAAUACACUCCCUCUCCACACUAUCCUACCCCCUCCAAACUCAUCCAUGGAAAAUUUAUUAGGAGCUAUCGCUGGGGAUCUAUGGACGUACUAGAUCCGAACCAAUGCGAUUUCAUGUCUCUCCGCUGUGCUAUGUUUCAUCACAUGGAAACCCUGCAGAAGUAUACCCGCGAAUAUCUUUUUGAAAAAUUCAGAGCCGAAUAUCUCGCCCAGCACCACCCACCCAAUCACCUCCUUCACACACAAUCAAACAUCGUUCCGCGCUCCCAGCUUCCCCUCAAUCAUCCCUUACGACCUGCAUUGAGCAUCGAGACCUCUCCACCCAGUCAUGGCGGGGCUGCUGUCUGCCAUACAUCCCUAUCAAUAUCUCGUGACGGUGUCCCACCAGGGACGGAUAUGCGCCCCCUGCCAAUUUCAAGACCCUUGUCUGACGGCAUAAAUUCUUCCCACAAUAACGUCAAAGUGGCCCCGAGGUCCUCCAAACAGCGCACGAAGAAGAUUACUGUUGCAUGCAACUUUUGUCGUUCUCGUAAACUAAAAUGCGACGGUGGUCGACCGGCGUGUAGUCAAUGUGUCAAACGAUCUAACUCGUGCGACUACAUGCCACAAAACAGCAAACGUCGGAAUUCUCACCGUCGCAAGGAAGACGAGUCCGAAUCCGAUAUCAGCGGCGGCGACGACAGAUCCGUCGAUGAAAAUGAUCCCUCGGUGACACCCCCCGAGAUGGCUUCUUCUCAGCCCCUGUCCCGCAAGAGCUCCAACGCUGACAAGCGUCCCAUACUCGAUGGUUUCGCACAGCCCCAUGCUGCCGCAGGGCCCUCGGAGCCGCGUGAAUUGCUGCCAGCAAUCGCUCCUAUCGUUCGCCCCAAACCUAGCGUACUUGGAGGCUCGUCCGUAUCAGAGGGACGCUCCCUCUUCAAAGACAACGAAUUGCCGCAUAUCGCCACGUUGUCCCUCCCCGACAGAUCCCCUACAACAGCGGCCGCCGCGAUGACGGCGCAACCAUUGCCUCUCAUCCGGCCAGCCUCGGAACAGCAGGCUGCGCAGAGGAAACGUGCAUCUACCAUGCCUGGGAGGAGCAGUCGGCAGGCCACUAGCGCCGGACCGAAAGUGGUGGCAUGCAACUUCUGCAGGGCGCGUAAGACCAAGUGUGAUGGUGCACAGCCAGCGUGCUCGAGCUGCGCCCGGAGGCAGCUUCCGUGUGAUUAUAAUCAUAGCACCGGUCAUAACGGGGGAAAUAAGAAGGGUGCUCGACGCGCUUCGAUAUCAUCAAAAAUCAUGCAGGCUGUUGGCCCAACACCCUCGAGCGCGCUGCACACCCCCACGCAUUCGCCACCGUCCUCGACGGUUGUUGGCGAUUCUCGGUAUCCUAAUGGAACGCCGCUGGAGGAGACGACCGGAGGCUGCGGCGAGCCCAUGGAUGUCGAUUUGAAGAGGAAGAUUGACGAGGUUGACGUCCCUCAACAAACUCAAAAGAGAAUAAGGGUGGGCGACGCCGUUGAAAGCAUACCCUGAGGGUGAACGACCGGCAUUUACACAAUGUUACAGCAUCAAAAAAUCCGCAUUUUUCCAACUGGCACGCUCCCUCCCUCAAUUUUUUUUCCACCUUCAAAUGCCAUCUGGGUAUGGCUUGUAGAAUUGGUCCGGCUCGUCUGCUCUAUGCUUGCCCCUUUGCAAGGCUGCUGUUGCUAUCGUCUCUUGAUAUCAUCCAUCACUUCUUUUUUUUUGGGUUGUGCAUGAGUUCUGUUUGUCUCCCUGUCUCUUUCGCCUGCACGUUGGACAGAUGUACUGUAUUUUACCACGCUCGCUUCCGUUCUUUGGUUGCAACUCACACCCGCUUUGGCUUCCCCCUCCCCCUUCAGCCAGCCACCCAAUUUACUACUCGCUAUCUGUAUGUAUGUGUUAAGAAUGUUCAGAGCUUGUGAAUACAUAUGUGCGAGCAGAGCGGACAGAAGAUGCCACCACCAGAAGC